UUUGCACAACGGUCCAACAUCAAAGAUGGCGGGAGCCGCCGACCCACUGGAGGACAUGCUCUUCAAUGAGGUGGAUGAGAAAGCCGUUAGCGACUUGGUCGGCUCUCUAGAAUCUCAACUGGGCGACCGAAAGACUCCCGCUGCUUCGUAUUCCGACGGGAAACGGGAGGCAGCUCCGGCCGCCGCGGGUCAGUUCUCAGGGAAAGUGCGCGAUCAAGUGGGGUCUGUGGAGCCGCAACAAGGGCAUCCGAAAGCGGGGUUAACCCAGGAACCCGGCGCUAAUGAGCCGCUCUCCGGUCAAACCCUCUCCUCCUCUACCUCCUCCGUCGCUGCCGGGGCCGUAAUCACCGCCGGAGCUGCCCUGCAAACAGUUGGACCAGCUCCUCCGACUGCUUCCCCUGGACCGGGACCCGUAACUUUGACGACUCAGCCCGCCGCUGCUAGCUUCCACCGGGCGGCUGUCCUGGGUCCGAGCGCGACUCCCAGCUCCUCUAUCGUCCCCUCGGCGGAGGCUACCAGGACCGGGUCUCCCGGACUGCAAAGUUUAAACGGAAACGGCGGAGCUGUAAAGUUGGUGAACUCGCCCGCGGUCCCCCCACCAGCCGGGGCCAGCACCGUUAUAAGUACUGUCAGUGCUGGGGGAUCCGCUAUCAUCGCCUCCAUGGCUUCACAGCCUAAUUUCCCGGUACCUCAGUCCUCAGUGGCGUCUACCGCUGUGGCUUUGCAGAGACACCCGAGCCCGGUGGCCAGCGUCGCCCAGAACGGGGUAGACCCCAAGGGUGGCCAGCUGGUGACCCAGGGUGCCCCCUCCCCAUCAGCCUCCACCUCUCAGGUCAUGAACCACAGCAACCCUCUGAUGCACACCAAGAUGCUGGUGCCCAGCCAGCCUGUUUCUGGAAACUCUGUCAUCCUCACAAGUACCCCUCCUCCUGCUGCAGCCCAGUCCCCCAUCAGCCAGGCUCAGACUGGGACCAGUACGGCUGCCGUCACCCUGGCUGCUGCAGGGGUGAAGCCUGCGAUCAAUGGAGUGGGUCAGCCCACGGUGGCUGUGGUGAGGCCGCCGGGCGCUCCGGUGGUGGCCACCUCCAUCCAGCAGCAGAGACCCGGGCUGGUGGCGAGCUCGACCCGGGCAGCUGCUCCUCAGCUUCCGCUGGCUGUCCGGCCCCAGCAGCAGACCACCAUCCAGCUGCCCCCCGGGUUCACCAUGCCUCCUGGUAUGGUUCUGGUCCGGACGGAGACCGGUCAGCUGGUGAUGGUCGCCCAGCAGGUCCUGGCCCAGGCUCAGGCCAAGACACAGCAGGCCCAAACAGUGGCCAACAUCACCCAGAGACCUGGGACACCGACGGCUGGGGCCACCAUCCGGGUCAGCACCGCCACCACGGCUCCUGGUACACCUCAGACCGUCCGCCUGGCCUCCCCGGCGCCACCCAGAAUGGUUCAGUCUCCCUCCACCACCACUGUACAGAAGGCCAUCACAGUGGCACCUGGCGGCGCAGCGGUGUCAGUGAAGAUGACGACCCCUCAGAAGGCCCCCACAGUGAUAACUGCUGGGGGGACGCCUGCGGCCAAGCCUGUCGGUGUCUCCUCCACCCCCCUGACCAGCACGACCCCCGCUCCCACCGCCACGCCCCCCACCAUAGUCACUGUGGUGUCCCAGGAGAUGCAAGAAAACGUGAAGAAAUGCAAGAACUUCCUCGCCACGCUCAUCAAGCUGGCGUCCCACAAUUCCCCCUCCCCAGAAACAUCAAAGAAUGUGAAGGCCCUGGUGCAAGAACUACUCGAUGCUAAGAUUGAGGCUGAGGUGUUCACCACUCGGCUGCAGGCUGAGCUGAAGUCCUCCCCACAGCCCUACCUCAUCCCUUUCCUCAAGAAAAGCCUCCCCGCCCUGCGUCAGUCUCUGCUCAACAGCCAGCAGUCUCUGAUGACGGCAGCCCCCAGCACCUCCGCACCCCCCCCGACCGCCCCCGGCUCCGUCACCACCACCGCUAUCAGACCGCGGCUGCCCAUCAGUCCGGCCAGCAGCACCGUCAGAGUGAACACCCCGCUCGCAAACACAACAGCUCUGGCUGUGGGCAGACCAGGAGUCCAGACUGUACAGACUCGUACACCUGUUGUCAUCAGUCAGACUCUCAGACCUCAAGGUACACUUGUAAGGGGACCCACAACCAUAGUUGGCAAAAGUCUGGUUAACCUGGCAGCUCAAGCCAAUCAGAAGAAACUGAGCGAUCCAGGGGGCGGGACAUUCAGAGAUGAUGACGACAUUAACGACGUGGCGUCCAUGGCCGGCGUCAACCUAAACGAGGAAAACGCUCGUAUCCUGGCAACCAGCUCGGAGCUGGUGGGCACAAAGAUCCGCUCCUGUAAAGACGAGUCCUUCCUGCCCACCGGCCUGCUGCACCGCCGCAUCCUGGACACAGCUAAGAAGCUGGGUGUGACCGAGGUGCCGCUGGACGUGGUGAACUUCAUUUCCCAUGCGACCCAGUCCAGACUGCGCUCCCUGCUGGAGAAGGUUUCAGCCGUCGCUCAGCAUCGUACAGACGGGGGAAAGGAUGAGGAACAUUAUGAGCAGACGUCAGACGUUCGCUCUCAGCUCCGUUUCUUCGAGCAGUUGGAGCGAAUGGAGAAACAGAGGAAAGACGAACAGGAGAGAGAGAUACUGCUGAAGGCUGCCAAGAGUCGCGCCAGACAAGAAGAUCCUGAACAGGCUCGCCUGAAGCAGAAGGCAAAAGAGAUGCAGCAGCAGGAGUUGGCUCAGAUGCGACAACGAGACGCCAACCUCACGGCUCUCGCUGCCAUCGGACCGCGCAAGAAACGCAAGCUCGACUCACCGGGAGGAGCCGCGGCCGGCACAGAGGUGGCUUCAGGCUCAGGUGCAGGCUCCUCCCCGGCCGCCUCCUCCCGCCAGCAGCUCCGUCAGCGGAUCACGCGAGUUAACCUCAGGGACUUCAUCUUCUGUCUGGAGCAGGACCGCACCACGGCUCGCUCUCUAAUGCUCUACAAAGCUCUGCUGAAAUAAGGAGUGGGCCCACUGCAGAUCACAAACUGGAUUACACUUCACCUCCUCCUCGAAUCCUCACAUCCUCAAAGGUGUUUCAGAGUCACUGCUUAUUUUGGCCUGAGUCCCUUCAGUCCCUGCAGCGCCUUUUAAUCUUUUGUCCCCUCGACUCUUUCGCUUCUAGUUUUACAUCUUCGUUGUGUUUUUGGACAGGAUGUCUCAUUUUUAGCUCAUCCAGGUGUCUAGUUUUAGACUGCACAUUACAUUUCAGCUCCGUGUUUGUGUUUGCUACACGAGCCCACUGAUAUAGCUUUGUAAUGGCCGGGUCACACCAGAAAAUCUAAACACAGCUAAUCCGUGUGUGUAUAAAGUAUUCGGUUUUAGGGGUUUGGGUACGUAGUGACUACUCACGGGGCCAGUUGUUGGACCGCUGUGCUGCCAACGUCGUAGUCACAGCAGAUAAACAGAACAAAUUAGCUUCUCCUGUUGUGUAAUGUGAUUGUAGAGGUUUGUUACCGAGCGAAACCAGAUCCACGCAAGCAGCUGCUGUAAAAUGAGCUGAAUGGAUUCUAUCCGUGUUAAUGUUGGAUUUUAUUUUGUAGCACCUGCAGCCGUUCCACCAACGGUCUGCGGACAUGGCCGACAUCGUCGCUGUCAGAGAUUCACUGAGUCUGAGGCUGACGUGAAACAGAUUUCACCACUGGGCUGUUUGUGAUGACGCUUUAAACGAUAUGAUGUGAACGCAGCAUCAGUCUGAUGUCCUGUGUGCUAACUGUGUGUGAACCAUGUCUCUGUUGUGGAGCAGUUUAUACUUUGAUAGAGGGCUGCAAAUAAACAAUUAUUUUCAUUAUCGAUUAAUCGUUUGAUGUAUAAAACAUCAAAAAAGAGUGAAACCUGCUCAUCACAAUGUCCUAGAGCACAAGCUGACGUCAUUAAAUGUCCAAACCCCAAAACUAUUCAAUUUACUAUAAUGUAAGGCCAAGAAAAGCAGCAAAUUCUCACAACUGAGAACCUGGAACCAUCACACAUUUGUCAUUUCCGCUUUAAAAAUUACUCCAACGAUUAUUCAAUCAUCAAAAAUAGUCAAAAGUUGCUGGUGAAUUUUCUUUCGAUCGACUAGUAAAUGAAUUGAUUAAUCAUCGCAGCUCUACUCUGACGGAGCAGCUUCUAUAAAACUGGAUGGAGACUCACUGAUAAUGAGCUACGGUAGCCUCCUUCAUUUUGGACCCUCCGGCUCUCCGUCCACUCAGAGCUCAUCUCUGUAAUGGACGGCGUGUUAUUGGUCAAAGUUCUCUAAAGUUCACUACACCCUGCCACUGAACCCACUGAUCGCGCUGAUCAAAUUGGAAUAAAUCGAAAUCGCUGACAAAUUCUGCUUUUUUUAGAUUCUGGUGUGACCAGGCCUUCACGUGGUCGGACUCACGAUGGACAGAUUUUAAAAAAGGAUCGAAGCGGCAGAACCAGAGAGAUGUCUUUUUUUUAUUCCAUACGUUCUUCUUCCUUGGCAAAACCUACCGCCUACAUUUCCCACAGUGCACCUGGACCUCUGUUGUGUGGUAGAUUGGGGUGUGCUAUGCUAGAGGGUGCUAAUGUUUCCUGGAGCCUGUAGCCUGCAGCAGAGAUAAGGGGGGGCUACAGAGGUCUGGUGAACUCACUUCUUUCUAACGCCACACCUCCAGAUUUUUUUACUUUUCAGACUCGUAGUCUUCAGACCCAACCCACGCUGACUCAGGUGACAUCACCUGAGGACACUUACCGGACGUCACGCGGCUCCCCCCGGAGACACCGAGGCCGCGUUCACACUGAAAACGCCCUGCUUCAAACAGCGCAGGGGGCUGCAUUAUUUGAUCUACUGGUGAGACCAUGAAAUACGAUCCAGGAAGUCCAGUAUGUGGAAUGGAUUUAUGGCUUUCAAGUUCAUUCGAGUCCAAAACUCAGCACAGUUUGGUUCUGUUUGUACGACUCUGACGGGAUUGUACAACUCUGGAAAGUCAUCACGGCGGCAGCCGUUUGACCUUCGAUUGUGACCAUGUCGAGGUGAACGUCAGAAACGCAGCGUUCGGGUUACGGUCCUCCACCAGGAGUACGCGCUGGCAUGUCUGUGAUUGGCCAACGCCGUGCCGGACGACGUCGUCCGGCACGGCGUCGGCGCUGUGUCAGCACACGUCCCCCGUUCGGAUUCACCAGAAGGGCUGCGGUUUUUCGGUGUUAACGCGGCCGCAAGGAUUUACACAACUUUUCCCAACACCUGGGAAACACACCGAGGACGGCGAGAAAAUGACGUAGAGCACGUUGAACUGAUUCAUGUGCAGGUCUGAAACUAGACGCCGUUGCGUUCUGCUGUCAAAGCGUUCUCCAGACUGUGAGACGAGCGGAUCCCGCUGCCUGGAUUAUUCAGUGUUUUGGCUCCAGCGCUGUACCGACAGAGGUGCCUUUGAGUCUAAAUCUUUCCCGACAUCUCCGUUCAGAUUUUCUGUCCGUUUCUUGGGGUUCCUAGCCCACUCAGGACGCCGGGCUCAUGGGCUCCUCGGUUUAUUUGUUUUUUAAGUUUCCCGAUCACGCGCUGAUCCGUGAGGUCGGUCCCACAUCCAACUGUCACUCUUUUUGCAUUUUACGUGGUCCACCGCUACAAGGUGGAACAGAAUACCGAGUUCCGAGGAUGUUUUAGUGAGCAUCGCGUUGGUCGUCGGCGUCAGAGGAAUGUGCACCGCGAGUAACUGUGAAGCUCCCAUGGUCGUACGAGCCUUGAAAGAACAGGUGCUCGAUAAUUUUGUGCGUGUGUGGAUUUGCGGGAUGAUCACGCUGAAAACGGAGACACUUGACAGACUCGAAAGGUUAAAGGAACAGUUCAACCUUUCCAAAAUCCUCCUCUUGUCUCUGAGCUCGAUGUUCAGAUUGAUGCCGCUACCACGAAGGUCCUAUUCAGCUCCGGCCGAGCAGAGUAACUAGUGUCUCUUACACCUUCACUGUCAGUAGGAAACCUGAACUGAGGCGCUGGAGUGUGUUUACACGGCCAGUGACCACCAGGUGUGUCUGACCUACGUGGGUGGGGGAUACUGCGUCUUGUUUCAGAGCUUUGAUUUCUCUCAAACAAGCCAACGUUCACCGCUGAUCGAUUUAAGGAAAAAAGGUGCAACGGAAAACAUCCAGGCCGAGACUGAGAAUUAUUUUCACUAAUUAAUCGAUCAAUCAUUUAGUCUAUGAAACGUCGGAGAACCGUGAAAAACGCCUUCUUUUGUCCGACAGAGAAUUCAGGUUCAGUCACCUCGAUUUUAGCUGCUUUUAAUUAAAGUUGUUUUUAAGGAAGUCCAUUCGUCCUCUGACAGUAACCCUA